UUGGAGAGGGCGAGGCGGCGUGAGUUGCGCGCGCCGCUGCAGUCGCAAGGUCUCCUAAUUCGGGUGUCGUCCGCGCGUGGCCCAGAGCAGCAGCGAUGGCGAUGCACGUCCCCAAGGCCCCGGGCUUCGCCCAGAUGCUGAAGGAAGGAGCGAAGCAUUAUUCAGGAUUGGAAGAAGCUGUCUUUCGAAACAUUCAGGCAUGUAAAGAGCUUGCCCAAACAACUCGCACAGCCUAUGGACCAAAUGGAAUGAAUAAAAUGGUUAUAAACCAUUUGGAAAAGCUUUUUGUUACUAAUGAUGCGGCUACCAUACUAAGAGAAUUGGAGGUUCAGCAUCCUGCAGCAAAAAUGAUUGUCAUGGCUUCUCACAUGCAAGAGCAAGAAGUUGGGGAUGGAACAAAUUUUGUUCUCGUUUUUGCUGGAGCCCUUCUGGAGCACGCGGAGGAACUUCUAAGAAUGGGUCUUUCUGUUUCAGAGGUAAUUGAAGGCUAUGAAAAAGCUUGCAAGAAAGCCCUAGAGAUUCUACCUGAUCUUGUGUGCUGCUCUGCAAAAAACCUUCGGGAUGUUGAAGAAGUUGCAUCUUUGCUGCAAACUUCAAUAAUGAGUAAACAAUGUGGCAGUGAAAUCUUUCUAACUAAGCUUAUUGCUCAGGCAUGUGUAUCUGUUUUUCCUGAAUCGGGCCACUUCAAUGUCGACAACAUCAGAGUGUGCAAGAUCUUAGGUUCUGGCAUUUGUGCAUCUACAGUAUUGCAUGGCAUGGUUUUUAAAAAAGAAACGGAAGGUGAUGUUACUUCUAUCAAAGAUGCUAAAAUAGCUGUGUAUUCUUGUCCUUUUGAUGGUAUGAUAACAGAAACUAAGGGAACUGUACUGAUAAAGAAUGCUGAAGAACUGAUGAAUUUCAGCAAAGGAGAGGAAAACUUAAUGGAGUUACAAGUCAAGACCAUUGCUGAUGCUGGUGCAAAUGUUAUAGUAACAGGUGGAAAAGUGGCAGACAUGGCCCUUCAUUAUGCUAACAAAUACAAUCUUAUGCUGAUAAGGCUAAAUUCUAAAUGGGAUCUCAGGAGACUGUGUAAAACAGUUGGUGCUACAGCUCUCCCCAGACUGACACCACCCAAUCCAGAAGAAAUGGGUUACUGUGACAGUGUGUACUUGUCAGAAGUUGGGGAAACACAAGUAGUUGUAUUUAAACAUGAAAAGGAAGAUGGUGCUAUUUCUACAAUAGUAAUUCGUGGCUCUACAGACAAUCUCAUGGAUGAUGUAGAGAGAGCAGUGGAUGAUGGUGUCAACACUUUCAAAGUACUCACUCGGGAUAAGCGCCUUGUUCCAGGUGGUGGAGCAACAGAAAUAGAGUUGGCUAAGCAGAUCACUUCAUAUGGAGAGACUUGUCCAGGUCUUGAUCAGUAUGCUAUCAAAAAAUUUGCUGAGGCAUUUGAAGCCAUUCCUCGAGCACUGGCUGAAAAUUCUGGAAUUAAGGCAAAUGAACUUAUUUCUAAGCUCUAUGCAGUACAUCAAGAAGGCAACAAAAAUGUUGGGUUUGAUAUUGAGGCUGAAGCAGCAGCUGUGAAAGAUAUGUUGGAAGGGGGUGUACUAGAUACACAUCUUGGGAAAUACUGGGGCAUCAAGUUGGCCACAAAUGCUGCAGUAACUGUACUAAGAGUUGAUCAGAUCAUCAUGGCAAAACCAGCUGGUGGCCCCAAACCACCAUCAGGAAAGAAGGACUUGGAUGAUGACCACAGUGAUUGAAACUGUUCCGUGUACUUCUGGAGGGCUUGUGUGUCUUGUCAUGUGUAUUACUUAUCUUUAAAUUAUGAGACUAAUCUGUACUAGAUUCAUGUCUCGUACUCUUUCAAUAAAAGCAGUUUCAGUACAAGAGGCUUCCUUUCUGUUCUAGUACGCAUAGCUAUUUAAAGUGUUUCAGCUAUUACAUACUGACUAAAAGUUGUAUAAAAUAUUUGAAAUACAAAACAUGAAUUUUCAAGUGAA